GGCUGCUUCCUUGCCAUGCCUCCGUCCGCUCUGGAAAAUGUUCGCUUUUCAGUGCAUGACACCAAUAGCCCCUGAUAGUUGACAAAUCGCAAUGUUGAAUCUCACACAAUCAGGGACGUCUGAGGUGGAUGUCAUCGCAGAGUUGUUUGACGAAGAGGAUGAGCUGUUUGACUGGCAUUUGCCAGUGGCUUUCAAUGAACUUCGCCAUCGAGAGAAAAUAGAGGGUUCUACCAAAGUUACUCAGACAUGGCGAAUGAAAGAACGAAUGAAGACCGUGAGUGUUGCCUUGGUGCUGUGCUUGAAUGUCGGAGUCGACCCUCCAGAUGUAGUUAAGACGUCACCUUGCGCUCGUCUAGAAAGCUGGAUUGACCCGACCACUUCUAGUCCACAGAAGGCUCUGGAGGCAAUUGGCAGUAACCUCCAGAAGCAAUAUGAGAGAUGGCAGCCGCGGGCUAGAUAUAAGCAGAGUCUUGACCCCACGGUGGAUGAGGUCAAGAAGCUCUGCUCUUCACUGCGGCGUAAUGCGAAGGAGGAAAGGGUUCUUUUCCAUUACAAUGGCCAUGGAGUACCAAAGCCAACAGUCAAUGGGGAAAUAUGGGUUUUCAAUAAGAGCUACACACAGUACAUCCCACUCUCAGUGUAUGACCUACAGACAUGGAUGGGGAGUCCGUCUAUCUAUGUGUAUGACUGUUCCAAUGCUGGUAUCAUUGUCGAGUCCUUCAAGCAGUUCUCUGUGCAAAGAGAACAUGAGGUGGAGACAUCAUCGUCAAUGAGCAGCAGUCAGAGAUUCAACAGCCCAGCACCUUCACCGUCAGCGGUGAAAAACUGUAUACAACUGGCAGCUUGUGGGUCCACAGAGUUCCUUCCUAUGAACCCUGAACUCCCAGCUGACCUCUUCACCUCUUGUCUCACCACACCCAUCAAAAUAGCCCUCAAAUGGUAUGUCCUACAGAACACCAGUAAACUUGUGCCAAACCUCACUGCUGAGCUGGUAGACAAAGUUCCAGGUCAGUUAAAUGACAGACGGACAAUGCUGGGAGAACUCAACUGGAUAUUUACAGCCAUUACUGACACCAUAGCAUGGAAUACACUACCAAGAGAUCUGUUCCAGAAGUUGUUCCGGCAGGAUCUUCUAGUGGCUAGUUUGUUCCGUAACUUUUUACUGGCCGAAAGGAUAAUGCGUUCCUACAACUGUACACCAGUUUCCGGGCCUAAAUUACCGCCUACCUACCAACACCCCAUGUGGCAAGCAUGGGACUUGGCUUUGGAUUUGUGCCUGCGACAGCUACCUCGUCUGUUGGAGGACGAAGGCUCGACAUUCCAACACAGUCCCUUCUUCACUGAGCAGCUCACUGCCUUCCAAGUAUGGCUUACGUAUGGCUCCGAGUCUCGUAACCCUCCGGAGCAACUCCCCAUAGUGCUACAGGUUCUCCUAAGUCAGGUACACAGACUGCGUGCUUUGGACCUGCUGGGGCGGUUUCUAGACCUUGGACCCUGGGCGGUCAGUUUGGCGUUAUCUGUUGGUAUUUUCCCAUAUGUUCUAAAGUUACUACAGAGUUCUGCUCGAGAGUUACGGCCCCUGCUGGUGUUCAUCUGGGCUAAGAUCUUGUCGGUGGACAGCUCCUGCCAGGCUGACUUGGUGAAAGACAAUGGCCAUAAGUAUUUCCUGGCUGUACUGGCAGACCCCUAUAUGCCGGCGGAACACAGGACGAUGGCUGCUUUUGUCCUGUCCAUGAUUGUGAAUGACUACAGACAAGGACAGGAGGCUGCCUUACAAGGGAAUGUGAUAUCCGUGUGUCUAGAACAGUUGGCAGACACAAACAACUCUCUACGUCAGUGGCUGGCCCUAUGUCUUGGCAAGGUGUGGACAAGUUUUGACAAUGCACGAUGGUGUGGAGUGAGGGACAGCGCCCAUGAGAAGCUAGCUAAGAUGUUGAACGAUCCAACCCCAGAGGUGCGGGCAGCCACUGUGUAUGCCCUGGGAACAUUUAUAAACAACAACUCAUCGGAGCGAAGUGACCACGCUAAUAAUAUCGACCUUGGAGUUGGUAUGACCUUGGCAUCGGUUGGUCAGGAUGGAAACCCUCUCGUCAGGAAGGAGCUUGUGGUGGCAUUCGGAUACCUGGUGACCCAGUUCGAGGCCCAGUUUGCUACCGUGGCGACACAGCUGAUUGAGGAGGAGAGACAGAAGGAUAAAGCAGUGCCGAUUGUGGCCGCUGAGGCCCCGGGUGGGUGGAAUGUUGUAGCAUCCUCCGGUAUCCCUGAGAACUUUGCCUCCGUCAUGACCAGCGGAAUGAAGCGUAGUUCCUCGCGUACCAGUGUGAAGAGCUUGUUAACCAGCACGUCUUCAGGCCAGCAGCCGUCUCCAGGGAACACAAGUUUCUGUAGUAGUAUUAGCUCUAUGGACAGUACCUCCAGUGUGGAGAGUAUGCCCGGAGCUUCUGACUCUCGUAGCAAACGUGCCGGAUCCAACCCCUCCAUCCCCGGACUCAGCUUCAGCAACAUUUACAUCAUGGUAUGGAAAACCCUUCUACAGCUUGCUAUUGAUCCUGUCAACGAGGUCGCGGACAUGGCCAAGUAUAUCGUCAACACUAUCAAACUCAAGGCAACAACCACCUCAAAACCUUCACAAAUGAUGCCCAACCCGGCCAUGACUCAUUCAGCCCCAGCCAGUCCCUCUAACAGACCUGUCAACACUGCCCAGGGAACACCUCCUCAGAACUAUUUGUACGACGAGUCUGGGCGGCCAGUCAUGGGUGGCAUCAAGCGAGACUUCUCGUCACCACGAUUACCAAGUAGUACAUCUAGUCCUUACACAUAUUCCACACAAUUCAGCCGCAAUCGGAAGAUAUUCGAUAAAGGUCCUUCUCAGGUAGAGGAGAAGGAAGAGGAAAUCGCCAAUCGUGUAAAACAGACAUCAGUUGUUUCAACAGAUUACUUUCCCUGGUGUUGUAAACACUUUGCUCAGCCGUUGAUGCGACUUUCGGACGAGCAGGACCCAGAGAGCUUCCCGCACCACGAGCGAGAAUACCACUUCACACGCAACGCUCACGUGAGGAAUGAGGCCAAAGAGGAGCAAAUGCGUGCAGGUUUUAAUCGGUUGGACGACCAAGUAUUUGUAAAUAGAAAUCAAGGCAUACCUUCUGUGAUAAAGUUCCACCCGUACGAGUCCUUCAUGGCUGUCGCUGACAAGGAAAUGGUCAGUUUUUGGAACUGGGAACAAGGAACCAAACUUGGAAGUAUAUGUAACGAAAAUCCAAAACACACCAAGAUCACAUCUGUGGAGUUCCUCAACGCUCACGAUGAUACGUUAAUGCUGACUGGAUCAGAUGAUGGAGCAGUGCGGAUAUGGAGGGACUACAUUGAGAAUGUGGAAAUGGUGUCGGCUUUCCAGGCUCUCUCCGACAUGAUCCCAUUAUCCAGAGGUUCUGGACUGGUGAUUGACUGGGAACAAGAAUCAGGCAUGCUACUGGCAUCAGGGGAUGUUAGGACCAUCAAGAUCUGGGACUCGCGGUCAGAAACCAAAUUACAGGACAUACCUACUGGUGCAGACAGUUGUGUAACCAGCCUUGCAUCAGAUUCUGUCGGCCGCUCACUCCUUAUAGCAGGCUGUGGGGAUGGUACAGUGCGCUUGUUUGAUAGGAGACUAGGACCAACAGAAUGCCGAGUGAUGACCCUCAGGGAACACAACCACAGAGUCCUCAAGGUUCACUUACAGAAGGGGUCAGAGGGCAAGAUUGUCAGCACAAGUAAUGGUGGCGACGUGAGGUUCUGGGACCCGAGGUUUACGGAGUCGGUCCGUGUAUUAAAUUUACAACAAGGACUCACUGCUGUUGAUAUGCAUAAAUUAGCUGAUGUUAUAGCAUGUGGGUCCAUGAACCAGUACAUAGGUAUUUAUAACCAGUCCGGGGAUAGUCUGAGUACUAUUAAAUACCACGAGGGCUUCCUUGGACAGAGAAUCGGCGCUAUCAGCUGUCUGGCCUUCCAUCCAUAUAAGGUGAAACUUGCAGCUGGAGGUUCCGACUCUUUCAUCUCCGUGUAUUCCACGUCAAUGAAGCGUAGCUGAUAGUGGCUCCCCCUAGGUACAUCUAGAGCUGUGACUUUUUUGUGUGUAAUUCGAGGAUGUGAUUUUAUACUGUGUAAACCUGUGGAAGUGUUGUGUGUCCAGUGUCUAGCCAACUGCUGCUUUCUGUUU